UCUCCGACUAGCGCUCAUCAUCCCCUCCGACGAUGGCGCCCCCAUCCAAAAAUGCAGGAUCUUCGUCCAAGCCGCGCUCCUCCGCUUCCCAGAUCUCCCUGAAGCGCGUGAAGGGGGAGAACUUUUACCGCAAUGCGAAGCAGGUCGCGCGCCUGAAGAUGCUCAACGGCGGCAAGCCCGUCCGCGACAAGGACGGCAAAAUCAUCGAGGCGGCGGCAUUCCAGAAGGGGGAGGACGAGACGAAGCCUGGGAGGGUGCAGCCUGACCGGCGGUGGUUUGGGAACACUAGGGUGAUCUCCCAGACGGCCCUCGAUCACUUCAGGACGAGCCUUGCGACGAAGAAGGAUGACCCCUACUCUGUGCUGUUGCGGAGGAACAAGCUCCCUAUGGCGCUUCUUGACGAUGCGGCCAAUCCGAAUGCACGCAAGCGCUCCCACAUCGUCGAGACCGAACCCUUCUCCGAUACCUUCGGCCCCAAAGCGCAGCGCAAGCGCCCCCGCGUUGAGGUUGGGUCGUUCGCCGAGCUCGCAGAUGCUGCGAACGAGGCCGCCGCGGAGCCCGAGGAGGGAUCGGCCGCUGCUCCCGUUGAAGUUCUCGAGCCGCAAACGCACGCCGACUUCUACGAGCCCAUCUACGCGAAGGGGACGUCCCGCCGCAUCUACGGCGAGCUGUACAAGGUCAUCGACUCCUCGGAUGUCAUCCUUCACGUCCUCGAUGCUCGCGACCCCCUGGGCACCAUGUGCGAGUCCAUCCUGGAGUUCAUCAAGAAGGAGAAGGCGCACAAGCAGGUCGUGCUCGUCAUCAACAAGUGCGACUUGGUCCCGAACUGGGUUACUGCCCGCUACAUUCAACACCUCACCCCCCGCUACCCCACCAUCGCCUUCCACGCCUCCCCCAACCACUCCUUCGGCAAGGGCUCGCUCAUCCAGCUCCUUCGCCAGUUCUCCCAGCUACACUCCGACAAGAAGCAGAUCUCCGUCGGCUUCGUCGGGUAUCCCAACGUUGGCAAGUCGAGCGUUAUCAAUACGCUCAAGAGCGGCAAGGUCUGCCGCGUCGCGCCCGUGCCCGGCGAGACCAAAGUCUGGCAGUACAUCACGCUCACCAAGCGCAUCUACCUCAUCGACUGCCCGGGCGUCGUCCCUACCUCCGCGCACGACUCGCAGACGUCGACCGUGCUGAAAGGCGUAGUGCGCGUGGAGGCGCUGCCAACGCCCUCCGAGCACAUCCCAGCGCUGAUGGAGCGCGUGAAGCCGAUUUACCUCUCGCGCACGUACGGCGUGCCCCUACCGGACGAGAACGACCACUCGAAGAGCUGGGAGCCGGAGGAGUUGUUGGACAAGCUGGCGAGGAUGAAGGGGCGGUUGUUGAAGCAGGGCGAGCCGGACCUGGACUCGGUUGCGAAGAUCUUGCUUAGCGACUGGGUGCGCGGGCGGAUACCAUUCUUCGUCCCUCCGCCCGAGCGCCCGGAUGAGCUCAACAAGGCCGAGGCGAAGGCGGCGAAGGUCAAGGCCAUCAAGGAGGGCAAGGGGAAGGAGAAAGCUGUCGGGAAGGACGAACGUGUCGUGCCGGGCGUCAAGCAAAACUUGGGGUCCAUCAUGCAGAAGAACACGUUCGUCGACGAUGAUGUCCGGCCGCUCGAGGUGGAGGAGACCGUAGAGGAGGAUUCGGACGCAGAGGCAGCCCAAGAAGACGACGAUGGGUCGUCAGGGGAAGAUGCGGAAGAAGUGGGCGCGGAGGACGAAGAGGACGAUGAGAUGACCUGGGACGACGUCUGGACCGGAUUCACCGCGGAGCCCGCUGCUCCUGCGGAAGACACAUCUUCCGCUCGUGCUGAUACUCAAGACGAGGAGGGUCAAGAAGGCAAGGCGCAGGAAAAGGCGUCGCGCAUGAAGACAAAUAAGCGCAAAGCCACGAAUUUCUACUCUGAGGCCAACGUCAAGAACAAAAAUAGGGCCAAGGCGGCGCACAUGAAGAGCCUGCCGACUGGCAAGCGCACUGGGAGGGAGGGCCCGAAGGCCAAGGCGAGGCGGUGAGAGACUGUGCGAGGCGCCUAGUAGCACACGUCGGUCGCUAUAUACAUAUUGUGUCUGUAGUUCGUGGUGAACGGACGGGCAGCGAGUGCCCACUAGUGCCCUGUUCUGGAUCGGUGGCGGCGUGCGAAGGGGCGCGCGCAAGCCCAGACUGCGUUCGAGGGGUGCAGACAGGCAAGGCCGCAGGAUCGAAUUUGCGCUGCCGACGGCGGGCGUGAGGCGCCGCCCGAUUCCCGACCC